UUGAAUCCAGAGCACUUCAGGACUUCAUCUUCCUGCAUCUGCAACCUGUUCUUUUCUACUUGGUUGACAGACAGUAGGUCGUCAACGGGCGUCGAAAGCAUAGCAUUGCAUAAGGGAGGGUCUGACCACGAUGAUGGAGGUCUGGCGAUAGCAGGGUGGGCUAGAAUCUACGAUGAUGAUGAUGAUGAGUUGGAGGCUGAUUCGUCAUCGUUCGGGUUGAGGGAGAACUACGGCGGGAAGACGAGUGGCAACGACAUAUCUCGCCAGAAGCGGGGAGCGGGACUUGGUUUCCGUCUGGUAAUCAGUGAUGUCCGGGACGGCGAGGCCGAGGAGGGUGAAGACGGAGAGCCGAAAAUGCUGAGCCAUCGGAGAUUGCACUUGAAGGAGGUGAGCCUG